ACGUUCUUUUUCUCUUGCAGCCCUGAGAAAAUCAGAUGGUGAUAGUGGGAACUCUGAUCAAGACAGCAGCAAGAUAAAGUCCAGUUGGCUGAAAGGAGAUAUCAGUGCCAGAACCAACUCGCCUGGUCUGGAUACUCAGUCACUCCCACAAAGCCCAGGAACUGACCGAGAGCUUCAGCAAUUGCCCCAUAAUGGCAACAGCACCUACCCACGAUUUCCGUAUUCCAAAUCUGCCUCUCUUCCCGACUAUGGCAAGAAUGGAUUGCACCAUGGUGCAAACAUGACGCAAUAUGACACAGACCAGGAUUCUCAUUGGGGAAGGAGAGAAUACAAGGUCUAUUCCUAUGAAACACUUAUUGUAACAAACAGAGUUCGUGUAAAACUACCAAAGGAUGUGGAUCGAACCAAGCUGGAACGGCACCUGUCCCCUGAAGAGUUCCAGGAAGUCUUCAAAAUGAGCAUUGAACAAUUCGACCGUCUUGCACUUUGGAAACGGAAUGAGCUAAAGAAAAAGGCACUGCUUUUCUAGCAUCCUACAGAAAAAAUAUGCUUGGAGAAAACGAAAUACAUUUGCCACAACUUAUCGUAUGCACUGGCUGUAGUCCAUUUGUCCAGAUUCACGGUCUGAGGUCGACACACAGGGCACUUUGCUGGAUUGGCAUGCCCCCGGUGGCUCUGUCUCCGUGACUUCCGGGCCCUUAACAAACACAAUGAGCCUAGUUUUAAGUUAAUUCUUGUUUUAACUAUUCCUUGGUGGAAACCAAUAAUUUCAAGGAGAAAGGAAUUGUUAUAGUUUUGACAGCAACAAAAAGCCACUACCACCAUUUUGUUUCCUGAGUGUACAGAAGACCCUGUGUUACCAUGAAGCAAAUGGAAUAAAGCCAAAGAAGAGCAUGCUGCACAGUCACUCUUGCAAAUGGUUGUGAGACGUAUUUUAGAAAUUAAAAACAAAAGCUAUCUAAAGCACCUUAAGUCUCAUUCUCUCACAUAUAUACAAACCACAGUUUCACAUGGGAAGUAGAAAAUGGGAAAAUACUUAUCAAAAGUUUAUUUUUGUAAGAUUAGAGUGUAAUGCACCGUGUUGGGAAUACCAUACAUGUAAGCAGUUCAACCUACAACCCAGUUUAGAUGAAGUACCUGAUUUAUAAUGCUUGAGCUUAGUAAGACAAAAUUCCCUUAAAUGUGAGUACUUCAGGAUUCACUAGAAUGUAGUCCGUGUAGAAGUUCAAUUCACAGAAGUAACUAAAUUUUUGUGUGGAAAAUGUGCAAUGCUGGUUGUGUAUUUAUAUUAAUUCUACAUUUCAUGCUGGUAAAAAAAAGAGGUGUAAGUAAUCUUGAUUCUAUACUC